UCUGAACCUCCUCCGCCUUCUUCUUCCCCCAAAACAAAAUCUCAAAAGACAAAAGAAAAAAAACCUCAUACAAAAAUGGCUGGUGGACAUGGUGAAAAGCACCACCGGCCUAGUAAGAAACACAAAUCAUCCUCCUCCUCUGCAAAGAUAACCGAGAACGUAGAUGAUGAGAGUGCUUAUUACGGAGAAGAAUUCGAUGAUGAUAAUAAUCGAGAUGGUGAUAGAGAAGGGUAAAAGAUGGAUUUCACAAAACUAGAACUAAAACCAGAUCAUUUGAACCGUCCAUUAUGGGCUUGUGCUGAUGGUAGAAUCUUUCUUUAAACAUUCUCAUCAUUGUAUAAACAAGCUUAUGAUUUCCUUAUUGCAAUUGCUGAGCCGGUUUGUAGACCGGAGUCGAUGCAUGAGUAUAAUUUGACACCACAUUCGUUAUAUGCUGCGGUAUCAGUUGGCCUUGAGACUGAAACUAUCAUUAGUGUGCUGAAUAAAUUGUCGAAAACGAAGUUACCAAAAGAAAUGAUUGAUUUUAUAUAUGCUUCUACUUCUAAUUAUGGGAAAGUGAAGCUUGUGCUUAAGAAGAAUCGGUAUUUCGUUGAAUCUCCGUUUCCAGAGGUGUUGAAGACGUUGCUGCGGGAUGAGGUCAUUUAUAGAGCAAGGCUUUCUUCUGAGGGUUCAGCUGGGACUGAUUCUUUCACGAUUAGCAAAGCCAUAGGAGAGGUAGAAGGUACUCAUGAUGAGUUGCUGAAUGGAAUUGAAUUGGCAGCAGCUGAAGAAAAAGAAACACAUGCCUUUGAAGUCGAUCCUGCCCAGGUGGAAAAUGUGAAGCAACGUUGUUUGCCGAAUGCUUUAAAUUACCCUAUGUUGGAGGAGUAUGACUUCAGAAACGAUACGGUUAACGCUGACCUGAACAUGGAACUAAAGCCUCAAGCACAACCACGACCUUAUCAGGAAAAGAGUCUUAGUAAAAUGUUUGGAAAUGGUAGAGCAAGAUCAGGCAUUAUUGUUCUCCCUUGUGGAGCAGGAAAGUCGUUAGUUGGAGUUUCCGCAGCUUGCCGAAUACGCAAGAGUUGCCUUUGUCUUGCAACAAAUGCUGUUUCUGUGGAUCAGUGGGCAUUUCAGUUCAGCUUGUGGUCUACUAUUAGAGAAGAUCAAAUAUGUCGAUUCACGUCUGAUAGUAAGGAAAGAUUCCGUGGUAACGCUGGGGUUGUUGUGACCACAUAUAACAUGGUGGCAUUUGGUGGUAAGCGAUCCGAAGAAUCUGAGAAAAUUAUUGAAGAGAUAAGGAAUAGAGAGUGGGGAUUACUUCUUAUGGACGAGGCGCAUGUGGUUCCUGCGCAUAUGUUUCGUAAAGUCAUCAGUAUAACAAAAUCACAUUGCAAGCUUGGACUUACUGCAACACUAGUGAGAGAAGAUGACCGUAUUACGGAUUUAAAUUUUCUUAUUGGUCCAAAAUUGUAUGAAGCCAACUGGUUGGACUUGGUAAAAGGAGGGUUUAUUGCGAAUGUCCAGUGCGCUGAAGUAUGGUGCCCGAUGACAAAGGAGUUCUUUGCUGAGUAUUUGAGAAAAGAAAAUUCCAAGAAAAAACAGGCUCUGUAUGUGAUGAAUCCAAACAAAUUCCGGGCGUGUGAGUUCCUGAUUCGGUUUCACGAACAGCAGCGUGGUGAUAAGAUUAUUGUUUUUGCUGAUAAUCUUUUUGCGCUUACCGAGUAUGCCAUGAAGCUUCGGAAACCUAUGAUUUAUGGUGCCACCAGCCACCAGGAGAGAACAAGAAUUCUUCAUGCUUUUAAAAACAGUCCAGAUGUUAAUACUGUUUUCCUUUCGAAGGUUGGUGAUAACUCAAUAGAUAUCCCUGAGGCCAAUGUGAUUAUCCAGAUCUCAUCUCAUGCCGGUUCCCGACGUCAGGAAGCCCAACGUUUGGGUCGUAUUCUGAGAGCAAAGGGUAAACAUCAAGAUCGAAUGGCUGGAGGCAAGGAGGAGUACAAUGCCUUUUUCUAUUCCCUAGUAUCUACUGAUACACAGGAGAUGUACUAUUCUACUAAGAGGCAACAGUUUUUGAUCGAUCAAGGUUACAGCUUUAAGAUCAUCACAAGUUUACCACCAGCAGAUUCCGGAUCAGAUCUAAGCUAUCACACCCGCGACGAUCAACUACAACUUCUCGGCAAGGUACUAAAUGCAGGUGAUGAUAUGGUUGGUUUGGAGCAAUUAGAUGAGGAUACCGAUGAUAUUGCACUUAUAAAAGCACGUCGCACUAUGAGAUCUAUGAGUCACAUGUCUGGUGCUGAUGGCAUGGCUUACAUGGAAUUCACCAAGGGGAAGUAUCCUGGACAGGGGCAUCUUAAAAGUAUUAAGCCUAAGGACCCGACAAAGCGACACAGCUUGUUCAAAAAGCGAUUUGGUUGAAACACAGCUUGUUCAAAAAGCGAUUUGGUUGAAACGCAGCUUCAUAUCUCAGGGAUACUGACAACUUUUAUAUGUUCUGUUGUUAGCACGUCAAUACUUUCCCGAGCGUGAUAAGAACACUCGAGGAAAAAUCAGAGAAAUGUAUAUAAUGUUCGGAUGAUUCAAAUUCUUGAACUAUGUAAAAUCUCUCAACUAUGUAAAAUCAGAGAAUCUGACAUUUAUUUU